GCGAGCCCCCCUCAUACGUGAGGUCUCGGCGCUGCCAGCGAAUCGAUUCGGACGAUUCACUUGGCGUAGACCAAAUUCCGCGGAGUAGUUAUGCCGUAGCUUGACCAAAUUUCACCGUCUGACCUCUCACUGCCAUACUGUUGUGUUCAUGAAUCCAUACGGGUACAAGUGUGAAUAUUUAGUCCGCCGAGAAGCCGGGGAAAAGCGUGGAAAAGUGUGAAGGGGACUCGGGGAAGGGCAGCCGAGUGCGAGCGUAGUAGAGUGAUUUCGCGUGAACGUUUGUUGGAGAUCGUCCUGUGUCUGGAUCUGUACAACUCAGACUCCUCGCGGCGAGAAGAUGGAGCGUCGACAGUCAGGGAUGGGCGCCAUGAUGCCCUUCUUCCCAGGCCCAGGGAUGGGGGAACAGCCGGCCCUUCCUCCCCCAGAGAUACCCCCAUUCCCCCACAUGCGGGAGCGCUUCCCCAACGCCGUAUGGGGAGGCGAGGCGCCGCAGGGCCAAUGGCCGCCACCCUUCCAUCCUCCUGCCCUUGGGCACCCGCCUAUGGGUCACCCACCGCCCCCGCCCCCACCACACCAGUUUAAUCAGUUCGAGCCCCGGCAACCCAUGUUCAACUUCCCCGGUGGGCCUAGUGGUGCGCCUGCGCCACCCACCCCGAGCGUGUCCCAGUACAACAACCAGUUCAACGGGCAGUUCAACGCGGGAGGCGACAACGGUAACGGCGGCUAUGUUCCGCAGGGGCACUUCUCCCCGCAGACACCGCAGAGUUCCGUCCCCGCCUUCAGUAAUGGCCCGCCCAAUGGUUUCCUCAGCCAAAAUCAGGGAAACGGGGUAGUGGGGGGUUCAUCUCCCCAUCACCACCGCUUCCCAGGAUCUAACGACUUCCACCAACAGCAGCAGCAACAGCAGCAGCAACAACAACAGCAACAGCAGCAACAGCAGCAGCAACAACAGCAGCAGCAACAGCAGCAACAGCAACAGCAACAGCAGCAGCAGCAACAAGGUGGCAUGUUCAAAUCUCCGAUGCCUUCUCCUGCCGUGUCAGCCCCCGAGGCGUCGCCGGUGACGGGGGGCUUCACUAUGACGACGCUACCGUCACCCCACGCCCCCCACACCCCCCACGCUUCCGAGCACCCAAACGAGAAGCCUGGGUACCCGCCGCCUCCCCCCACGCAGAGUUUACUCGGCUCUAGAGUGACUGCGGGCGGGUACUCGGGUCAAGCCUUGGAGGGGGGCGCGGGAGUGCCUCAGGGCAGCCCGCACGGCUCCGUCAGCGUGCAGAGUCGACUUAAAAACAUGAUAAUGUCCCGGCAAGGGGGCAGCUACCCCGGCGGGAGUGUGGACUCUCCGCCCCUUGGGGAGGUGCACUUCUCCGGCCACGUGGCCGCUGUCACCAGCGUGGCCAACGUCGAGCCCUCACACAUGCACGAAUCCCUCAAAAUGGCCCAGAAUUUUUUAGCCUAUAGGACUACAGAGUCUGGCCCGGGCUCUGUAGUCCACGCUAACAGUACUGAUGUGAAGGGCGGCGUGGAGGCGGCGACGACCCACGCCACUACCACCACCACUACCACCACUACUACCACUACCAGCAGCAGCAGUCACUCACCCCAGCUCUCUGGGGCGCCGCUGCAGGGGACCACGUUCCCCAGUACUCACACUACUGAAAUUAAAAAUGAAAAUAUAGUUAAAAUUAAGGAGGAAGUUAAGGAAGAGUUUGAAAUGGAAAGUGAAUGCGAGCUUAAAACUGAUAUUGAAAUCAAGAAGGAACUGGCUGAUCCGUCAAGCAGUAUAGCGCCCAAACCGCCGGAUCGCCCGGAUCCUAAUCCACCGGUAGACGAGCUAGACCAAAAGCCAUCACUUGAGCAGCUAAACCAAAAGCCGCCAUUGGACCAGCUGGACCAAAAGCCAUCACUGGCCCAGCUGGACCAACAGCAGCAACUGGACCAGAUGCAUCAACUGCCACUGAGAGAUGGACUGGUCCCUCAUCUAACAUUAGACCAACAGAACCAGAAGCCAACAGCGGAGCAGCUGGACCACAAGCCUAGUCUAGUGGGCCGGCAGGACCCCGGCUGGAAGUUGUCUGUUUACGACUUCCCCGACAGUCCGGACUCCAGUCAAAACCACCAGGAUUUUCGGUUUGGCAGGGUCAGGGGGGCAGGACCGUGCAUGUCACGGCCUGCGUGUGCUAGUGUGACUGGAGCCAGCACCCAGUCACUCCGGCCGCCCACCCCCGCGGGGCCGCACCCACCGCGGCUGCCCUCAGCACCAAAUGAGGGGCAGAUCCGGCCCCCGGGGCCCCCUGUCUCUGCCUACCAGCCUCAGCAAUCAGUUCCUGAUUAUACAUCUAACACUACCACCACCAUAUCCAAUUCUAACACGACGUCGUCGCCCGUGGUGGUGUCGACGUCGACAAGUCAUGCCUCACAACAGAGUCUGUUUCAGCAGCAUGAAAUUCCAACUCAGCAUGCAGUCAGUUGCCAUCAGUCGAGUAUUCACCAUGAGAUUAUGCAGCAGGGUCCAGCACAGUUGAUGAACGCACAGCACGUCAGGAAGCACAGCAGCUGCACAGACCACCACCCUGGUGCUCAGCAGGGCGACACGACUGCACAGAUGAGGCACAGCAGCAGCCACCAACUGCACCAACAUCAUGUCCAGCAUUGCCAACAACAUCUCCAUCAAAAACCGUACCAUCAAGAGCCCAUGCAGAAACCUCAGUUACAGGAACAUCAGCACAAACAGCAAAUGCAGCAUCACCAUCAGUUCCACCAGCUACAACGGCAGCAGCAGUCAAUGCAGCAGCAGCAGCAGUCAAUGCAACAACAGCAGCAGCUGCAACAUCAGUUGCAGCAGCAGCAACAGUUGAUACAUCACCAGCAACAACAACGGCACAUGAUGCACCACCAACAGCAGCUACAACACCAACAACAGAUGCAACAGCAGCAGCUACAACAGCAGCAGCUGCAACUUCAUCAGCAGCAACAGCGACAACAGCUGCAUCAACAUCCACACCAGCAGCAGCAGCAGCAGCAACCACCACCCCCACCACCUCAGCAACAGCCAUCCCCCAAACAACCACCAUCACCCCAGCAACCGCCACCACCACCACCCCAGCCACAACCAUCCCCUAAGCAGCAACCAUCCCCCAAACAACCAUCCCCCAAGCGAGCACCACCACCCAAGCCACCACCACCACCACAACAGCAUCUACCCCAGGAAGAAAAGCCGACCCAAGAAGAAAAACCAGAGGACACGCAGCAGGACUGUCCCGCCAGCCCCACAGCGGGGCUGGCGGAGGAGCAGGAGGCCCGCAAGCUGCGUCUUCGGCAGAAUGAACUGGAGGUUCCUCGAUGUUCCUGCGUCGUCCCGCCUGGUACCCCAGACCCUGGUCCUAUCUACAGCCACUUGGGAGCAGGAGCAACUCUAUCAGAGUUAAGAAGCAAGAUAGAGCAGCAGACAGGGCAUACAGGGUCAGCUGUUAGAAUUGAGAAGGUUAUUUACACUGGGAAAGAAGGAAAAACAGAUGCUGGGUGUCCACUUGCAAAAUGGAUUAUACGUCGCAGUGGACUAGAGGAAAAGAUGCUUGCCAUAGUGAAGCACCGAGUAAAACACACGUGCUCUACAGCUUGGAUUGUGAUUGCUAUUGUAGCCUGGGAGGGCAUACCCUUACCAAUUGCUGAUGAUUUGUACUCCAUGCUCGUUUAUAAGCUCAACAAGUUUGGAACUCCCACAGAAAGAAGAUGCGGUGUUAAUGACGAGCGCACCUGUAUCUGUCAAGGAUUAGACUCGGAAACGUGUGGAGCCUCCUUUAGUUUUGGUUGCUCGUGGUCCAUGUACUAUAACAUGUGUAAAUAUGCACGCAGUAAAAUUGCUAGAAAGUUCAAGCUUACAGAUGAGCAGGAGGAAAGUGAGAUAGAGCACAAGUUACAGAGCUUAGCCACAAUUUUAGCACCGGUUUACAAGCAGUAUGCUCCACAAGCUUAUAGAAAUCAGACGGCUUUUGAGUCUGAGAGUUUGGAGUGUCGCCUUGGGUACAGCAGUGGCCGUCCAUGGGCCGGGGUAACAGCAUGUACAGAUUUCUGUGCCCAUGCUCAUAAAGAUAAUCACAACAUGAACAAUGGCUGUACAGUUGUAGCUACCCUAACAAAGCACAGAGGAUUUGUCAAACCAGAUGAUGAGCAGCUCCAUGUGUUACCUUUGUACAUAAUUGACCCCACUGAUGAGUCUGGAUCUUAUGAUAGUUAUCAUCAUAAAGUCCAGUCAGGUGCUCUCGAGGUGCUCACCAAAUAUCCCUGUGAAAUUCGUCUAAGAACCGAGCCACUUCUCUCUUGUCGUGCAAGAACUCUUCUUGCGAGAGGUUUGCCUCUGCCUAAACGAUUAAGGGGUAGAGGAAGAGGAAAAGCAAGAGGUUUGGCCAUUGGCCGAGGAAGAGUAAUAGAUGGGAUGAGCAGCCCCACAAUUCAAAGUGUAGACUUCGGUGAUUCUGUUGGGCUUGAUUUAGACUUUAUGCUAAAUGGUAUUGAUUUUAGUGAUCCAAAUGACGUACUGAGCAAUUAUGGACUCGAUGGUUCUGAUUAUAGUUGGUUAUUAGACGUUGGACCAGAUAAUGAUCUUGGACUUUCUUGUAAUUUAGACCAGAUAAUUUCAUGUAAAGAUGAUAGUACAAGCAGUGAUGAUGUAGCAUCUUCCAAUCAACAAUUAGCUGACAGUAAUCACCAUGAUAGUGUGAAAGGACCUGAGUGUCUGGCAGCCCCAGAAGGCCAAUUAAGCCAAAGACAGAAAGCCCCUUGCCAAGCUUCAACAUUAUCUGAAUCUCAUAUAGGCUCAGGUGACCCUCCUACUAGUCACAUAGGAAGUUCACCCAAAGCAGUAGUUGGCCCUGGUGCCUCCCCUACAGUACAAGGUAGUCCUCACUACUCUCACUCAAUGCCUCCUCCCCAGUCCCCUGCUCCUAAGAGACCAUACUCACCACAAUGUUUUAAUUCUCCUCUAUCAUCGUCAUCUACUACACCUUUGCCUCCACAAUCAAUGAGCCCAAGUGCAUCUCCUCUCCCUUCUCCAGCCAUUCUUUCAGUUCCUCAUUCAUCUAGUCCAUGCCCUUCUCCUCUAGGUUCACCUACUGCAAGAUCCAUUACUCCAUCAAAUCAUCCAUCUGCAAGUCCAUGUUCAUCUCCACUCCCAUCACCACAUCUCAAAUCAUUGACACCGCCAUGUGCUCCACGUUCAGCAAGUCCCUGCUCAUCACCCGUUCCUUCCUCAACUACAGAAUCAGCAACUCAGUCCCAGUGCACACAAUCACCACAUAGUUGUCAGUCAUUAAUAGCUUCUCCUCUAGGAGGGCCUGCUGGAGUUACAACUCCACAUCCAUCUCCUUUUGGGCAAGCUUGUUCCAUCAGCACACCACUCACUCCACUAUCAUCUCCAAACCCCCAUGGCCAGGGGGCUGCCAACCCCCAGUUCUCUCACUCUAUCAAUAGUCAACAACAAUGUACAAAUGCAAUAGAAAAUCAAUGCCACAAUUAUAAUAAAAUUCAAAAUGAACAAUAUUCCCAUUCCUCUCAACUUCCACAAAAUACUCCCUCCGCUGCAUGCAGUUUGUCACAUGUGAUGCAAAAUGGUGUUGAUCCAGCUCUGCAAAUGCACUACAGAAGUACAAAUCAAUUUAGUAGGGGACCAAAUAUGCAAGAAGUCAUGCCUUUCCAUCAAGACAGGUUAUACAAUAACCCUUUUCCCAAUUUAUCCAGUGAUGAAAACCCCAGUAGAAGUGAUCAACAGUGUAAUAAACCCAGAGAACCAGAAACAGUAAUCAAACAGAGUGACAAUGUUGAGAAUUUCCACGAUCCAGAUAUUGGAGGUGUAUCUAUUGCUCUGGUCCAUGGUUCGGUGCUAUUCGAAUGUGCCAAACACGAACUGCAUGCCACAACUGCACUAAAGAACCCAAACAGACGUGAUCCAAAGAGAAUUAGUCUUGUGUUUUAUCAGCACAAGAACCUAAUUUAUAGAAAUCAUGGAUGGGCGAGGUUUGAGGAAAAGAUGGAAAAGAAAAGAAGUGAAGAGGAAAGAUUAAUUAAAGAAGGGAAACUGAAGCCUUCUCCACGGAAAAAAAAGAAAAUGAUGAAAGAGGGUUUCGUUUUUCCAGACGAGUGUAAUGCAGUGUUGGAGUCUGAUAUGCAAAGAAUGAACAAUGUGUCCCAAAUUAAAGAGGAGCCAAAGUUAAGUGCUAUUUCAAACGAAGGACAUAGUGGGAGGAGUAGAGUUGGGCAUCUAGAAGGUCAUCAGCUCGACUCAAAAUCGGCAACUGUCUGUCCACCUUCAGAUAUGAGGCUUCCUAAUCACCCAGAUCUGAAAUCUCCUCCAGUAAGCUAUGCUAACUAUCAUAAGUCUCUUCCAUCUGCCAUGGAAAACUGUAGAGCUUUCAGUCCUCCUCAAAAAUUUGGUCUCUCUCAUACGCCAACAUAUUCUAUGGCCUCACAUCCCCCUCAUGUACUUACUUCCUCAUCUCCAACCUUAAAUUCCCAGCUUCAGAAACCUCAACCAUCCCCAGACCACAACUACACUGGGGCUUUAAACAUGCACGGAAACCAUAACGGAGAACAUCGCCGCCCUCCCUUCAAUGUCGCUUUACAAGAAUUCAAUCCUUAUAAUUGUGUGCCUAAUCCAGGUCCUGAUUCCUACCAGUCUUUUUGUCACCAACAACAUCGCAGUUUUCCCAAUCAGUAUUCUCAUCAAAGUAGCCCCAUUAAUAAUGUAAUUCCAAUUUCAAGCUCUCAAAAUAGCUCAAAUCAUCCUCUCAAUCCCAUGAGUAGCCCAAUUCAUAAUCCAAUGCAGAGUCCUCAUGGAAAUGCAGUGCAUAGUCCAUAUGGCACACCAAUGAAUAGUCCACAUGUAAAUUCUUUGCAAAGCCCCCAUGUUAAUCCAAUGCUUAGUCCCCUUGGUAAUCCAAUGCACAGUCCUCACGGAAACUCUGUUCAUAGUCCUCACAAUAAUUCUUUGCUAAGUCCACAUGGAAAUCAUCUUAAUUCGCCCAUGUCGAGUCCCCAUGCAAAUUCCCAUAGCACUCCCAUGCCAAGCCCUCAUUCGAAUCCUCACAGUACACCCAUGCAAAGUCCCCAUGCAAAUCCCCACAAUACUCCUAUGCAAAGUCCCUAUUCAAAUUCGCACAGUACUCCAAUGCCAAGCCCCCAUAAUACACCUUUGCCAAGUCCUCAUGCAAAUCAUCACAGUUCAUCGAUGCCAAGCCCUCAUGGAAAUCCUCACAAUACAUCCAUGUUAGGUCAGAAUCAAGUAUACACUAACCAAAGUUCCCAAGCCUCCUAUGGUUUAACACCUCCAUAUAGCCCCGGUCCCCAUGGCUCUAUACCACAAGGAACCCCUCUUCCCAACUUCAACAAUGUUAAUGGUAGUUAUAAUCCUCUGACACCAAGAGCACCUUCUGCCCACCCAACCUCCACCUGGUCAGAGAUGAGAUAUGCUCCCACUUUUAGAGUGACAGGACCCUACAGUGAAUGGCCAGGAAGUUAAGAGUGUGGUACUGAAAUUCCUGAAUCUUGUUAUUCUCAAUUCUUGCUGUUACUAUGUUACUUCUCAAAUGCUGUGUAACUUUAGUGUUUGGCUGUGAGCUGGCUAUAUUAGCUCAAAAUGUGGUAGCUGCGGUGUAACUGGUCACAAAAAAGUGAAAACUUACUUUCUGUUCAGAUAUAGCACUAGUCGAUAUUUAUUUAUUGUGACUGAAGUAAAUGCCAGUUGUCCUUUGGAGAGAGAUACUAUGACUGUACAGUAUGUAACCUUUUGCCAUAUCACAAGCCAUUACUUGUGUAAUGAUCUCAUGUGAGUGAAAGAUGUCUUUGUAGAACUUUUGGUGACAAUUCUAAUUUUUAUUGAUGAAUCAGUUGUAUAGUUGUAAGGUAGUGUUACCACAGGUGUUGCUUCUUAGAUGGCUUAUUUAUCAUUUUCCUUGUAAAUAGUAUGCAGACUGUUUAGUUUAAUUUUUUUUUUAAUCUAAGAGUUUCCAUAGUUCUGAUAAUUGAAUUUUGAGGAAAUACAAAGAUGUUUAAAAAUUGAAAAUGUUAUACCCGACAUUAACAGACAUAAGGAUGUCUGCAUAUUUCUGGUGAUGUUUAAUACUCAGAAGUGUUCUCUGAAUGGUGUGGGGAAUAAUCAGAAUAUUGCUCAAAUAUUCUCCAUUUAUAUUUUUUAUUAUUAUUAUUAUUAUUAUUAUUAUUAAUUUUUUUUAAUGCAUCACUUUAAGCCAAGAUGAUUACUAGUCUAUGCAAGGCAUUUUUAAGAAAUUUAGCCAUGUACUUUAUUUUUCUUAGGAUAAUUACUAACAUAUUUUUGGCCAAAAGGAAGGUCUUGAUGUUAUUGUUUUAAGGACAUGAUCACCAAGUACAGUACAUACAAAGUACACCCAUUCAGAUUCUCACAUCUAAUCUCAAAAAGCCAUAAAGCAGUUGUGAGCACAUCUCCCCAGCCCAAAGCUAUAGUAUCAGAAGGGCGAUUUAGGCCCUUUUACAUCAUGCUUUGUUGCACAAUACUGAUACAAUGCACUCUUAUAUGCAUAUUUUCAGAAAUGUGCUUAUAAAUUGGUUAUUGCACUAAAGAGCAGUGGCAAUGAGAGCAUGAUAUAUUUGGGCCUUUACCAAGUAACAUUCUAGACUAAGUUGCCAGUGGGCAUAAUUUGAAUGAAACCCUCCACAUGAGUGUAGCCAAGACAUGGAGUCUUCCAGCAGUAGAGUUCAUUUGAGGCUUUUCUGUAGUUAUUUCAGAUCUGCCAUCUUAGUUUUGUUACAUUAUCUGUGGCUGAAUUCAAAACUUAUUUCUCUCUCUUUCUCUCUCUCUAUACAUAUAUAUAUUUGUUUUCUUUCAAAUUCAGUGGGGAGGUGUUUUACCCGAAUGACUCGUGGAUGCUUGUGCAACACGUGGUCAUGUUUCUGUUGUUACCUUCUCACAGGACUAAUGCUGGAGUCUUGACUUGGCUACAUUUGCCUCUGUCGCCUUACUAUCGCCAUCUCUUGUACAAAUAACUUUUGUGCAGUCUCCUCCUUCCUUUACUUUUCCUAUUGAUUAUUCUUGACAAUUGAGGUGCACUAGUUCAUAAUCACCCUUUAGAAAUAACAAAAAAAUGCUGUAAUUUUUGGAUAUUACCCCUGUGCUACAUGCAAAAGGAGAAUGAAAAACUAUGCUCGAGAAUCUUUUUGUAUUUUUACAUGCAUUUUGAUACUUUUAUUGAAGGCAAAAGUGAAGUAUUGUUUUGUAGCAGUACCUAUGAGGCGGGAUGUAGAGAGGGGUUGGGGUGGACCCACUGGAAUGAGCUCUGUUGAGGACGUCAUGUAUUUUUCAUCCUACUACGUUUUUAAAGUGGCAUUGUGAUCUCUAGGUUGACUAGAAUGUUCUUGUGUGGGCAUUUCACUGUGGUGUUUUGAUGUCCAAAGUUGUAUAAAAGAUGUCCAAAACUGUGAAAAAAAUGCCGAAAAAUCACUGUCGAUAUUUGACAGGGGUAGCAGCUGUGAGAUGUCUUUCUUUCUCAUGUCUAUAGAACUCAUCGAGAUAUUACAUUUCGCCCGAAGUUGCACAUCUGGUCAUACAUACAUUGCCACUGUUGCCUUCCUUCCUGGUGCCCUAAUGUAGUAAGUAAUUAAACGCUUGAGUGUUGGAUAAGUCGUGACGCUGGAUUAUAAAGUACAAAUUAAAUACCACCCUCAGUCUUAAGUUAUAGUGGCACUCCUCUUUACACCCCGCAGGCUUAGUUGAGAUAUCUUUAAAUCUUUCUGUCUGUCUCUUUCCUACUUGAAUAUCUUGUAUUCGUUUUUCUAUCUUGAAACCUAGUCAUGUGUCUGUUGCAGAGACCCCAUUAUGUGACUCACGACUCAUCCCAUUGCCUUAGGCCAGAUGUAUUUUUGUGACAUUAGAACGAGUAUUUUCUAUGCAUAUAUCUGUGGUAUACUGUACUGUAUUUCAUUUGAGAAAUUUGUUUCACGUGCAUUAUGUAGCUGAAGGUUGUAAUUAAGAUGAAGCCAAUGUCUUCAUUUUGUUUUAUAUGCUUGUAUUAAUAUAAGGGGUGUAAACCUAAAAGUAUGUAGGGGAUAAAAAUAAAAUGUCAAUAUAAUUAGAACUAUGUUCUAAGUGUCACUUAAUAUUAAAGAUAGGUUUUGUUAUGCUCCCUACUCUACUGUCACAGAAACACACUAUUUACUAAUUAAGAAAUGGUACUACAGUAUUUAAGUUUACGGUGUGUUUAACAUUAAGGGGUUUCUGUGAUGAGGCUGACUGUCUUAUUUGACCUUACCUAAUUCCUCGACUCCGCUCCAAUACACCCUUAUCUGACCAUAGACGACAAAGUUGGAACUUGAUUCAAGGCAAAGAGAUAUGAUGAUGGCAGUGUUAUUGAAUAGUUGAUAAAGUCUCAUGCUUGUACAUACUUUAUCUUUAAGGUAGCCAACAGUUAUUAUCGUGAGGGAGUGAACAAUGAUGAGUCUUAAGAAGGGUUACCACGACGUCUAGUUUCCUAUUUAGUAACACGGGGGAAAUGACUCGUGGUAACCCUCUGCUAGGUUCAUGAUGUUGAUUGCAUCACCAUUAUGAAUAAUGAUUAUAAUCAAUGUGCCGAUAGAUAUGCUCUUUUUCCCUUUGCUGAUAAUUAUGUUCUGUUUAGAUGCAAUAAUAUAUAAAAUUGUUUGUGCAGUUUGUCAGACACUCCGCUGUUCGUUUCUACCAUAUUGCGGUAGUCCACAAUAGCAAAGAACUUUGUGAGAAUGUCAGAUUCAGUGCUCUCCUAAGGACGCCUUAACACUGAUAAUGUUAUUCAUACAGAAUUCUUGUAGCACAUGUGACAAUUAUGAAAAACUUGAACCUUAAAUAAGUUUCAAUGAAACUUAUCUUCUUUCUAUUAUGAAUAGAAAAAUAAGUUUGAUUGCAAUUAAAACUAGGUUCAAUAUAGUAGGACUUGUCACGCGUUUGUGGACCGGCCCUGUACAAUAGUCCCGCACGGCCCCCACACUGUGGUCUGCGGAGCCCCAACCAGGUACCCUCCCCCCCCAAAAAAGGACUGUGGCUAAGAGGCUGGUCAUGGACAGGUACUGGCAAGGUAAUGGUAUGGAGGAUAUGGUACCAGCAGCCAGGAGUGCCUCACAGCCUUGGAUCUGAGUGUCCCUUAUAGGUGAGUUUGACAGUUUCAGAGACUUACAAUUUAGCAGAUUUUCUGUAGAUAUCUUGGAGUUCUAGCAAUAUUGGAAAUCCCUGGAACUGUGUAAACUACCUUGUACCACAUACAGAAUGUUUUCUUGUUAACUGUUGCAUGUUAUUGUGCCAACAUUUUGGGUCUCUCCACUGAGUUACCAGAUAAUCAAAGUUGCCAGAUGCCUAUAGAUUUUUACUCUAUUUAAACACAACCAGAUUGUUAUUCAUAGCUUAAAAAUCUAUAAUUUAAAGUGAAUCUCACCGAGGACCCAAGUCUCACUCAGGCAGGCUGUGGUGCACUGGUGGCUGCGAUAGAGUUAGUAUACUAGAGUAGACCAAAUGUAGAUGGAACAUGUAUCAAUAAUUAUGCUGUCUAUGUUCUCAUCCUCAAUAAAUGAUCAAAACAAGUACU